AUGACUGAAUCCCUUCUGAACGACUUAUGCGACCUACUGAAGGCGAUGAUAUACACAGAGGACAGUUACUUCGUUAGGGAAGGCGACCCAGUUGACGAGAUGCUGUUCGUCAUGAAAGGCAAGCUUUCAAGCGUGGCAGCAGAUGGAGGAACAGCAGGCUUCUACAACGCUCACUAUGCCAGAGACGGAGACUGCUUUGGAGAUGCUGAUGACUUGAAGUUUGUGGUCUCUCAAUUUAGGCCUGCCACUAAACAGCAAGAGCAUUUGUAUAGCUACUACGCUGGUUCGAAGAUAUCUGACGCAGCCCGGUUGAUACAGAAAGCUUGGCAAGCAUAUAAAAGAAGGAAGCUUGAAGAAGCUCUUCUGCAGGAAGAAGAGAUUGGGUUGCAUUUGCAAGAUGAAUGGUUUAAGCCUAGAGGAAAUUCGUCUCGUUCACAUGCAAGCUCUUCUGAUGAAUCCUUGUUUCUGGAUUUGGAUCCUCAUACCUCUAAUUUUACUUACUAUAAUUUCACUUAA